UUUCUGUGGAUUUUUUUCUUUGGAUUAGGUCAACGCAUUACGACUAUACAUUUGGAUGGUGUGCAGUAUUUUAUAAGUCGUAUGAAUCCGUAUUCACCGGAGUUAAACUAUUUCUUGGCCUACCAAUACUGCCGAUCACUGGGUCUGCAAUUGGCCUCUUUUGAGACCAAGGAGAAGGCCGAGUCGAUGACCACAUAUCUGAAGAAUGCCGGCUAUGGCAAUUACGAUUUCUGGACCUCCGGAAAUCGWYUGGGCACGGGCAUGUUCCUAUGGAUGAGCACCGGACUACCGUUCAAUGCAACAUUCGAUUUCUUCGAGAAUUCGGCCGAUGCCAUCCAAGCGGGUCUGCUCGAUCCCGUCGAUCACAAUAGCAACACCUCGCCACAGCGCACGGCACGCGACAGCAGCAGUGGUGCCGAGAAGGGCUGCGUCAUACUGAAGCAGCCGACGUUGAAAUGGAUGCCCGAGGACUGCUCUGCCGUUAAGGACUUCAUUUGCGAACAGACUCGCUGCUAUUAUUACAACUAUGGCAGCAUUCCAGUAUCGUCUGCGCAGGGACGCCCCAUAACUUCAACCACACCUCGCACACCUGCCGAUCUGCUGAAUCUACCAUCGACCACGCCUCUGCCCCUCAUCAUGUCCACCAGCGCCGGCAGUGGCAGCGGCAGCGGCGGCGGUCUGUUUGCCAAGCCCAAGUCGUCGAUGUCGAUGUCCGAUUCAGCUCAUCAGCCGUCGACUGUGUGGUUCAAGCUGAAUCACGAUCGCUCGCUGGCUGAUGCGGAUGCCGCCGAUGUGGAUGGCGACCUGGAGGCUGAUGUGGAGGAGCACGAUGAUGCUGAUGGCGAGACUGAUUUCGAUGAGCAUGAGCAUGAAGCAGGCGAUGCCUCCAGCGAGCACGCACGCGAGCUGGGCGAUGCCGACGGCGAUGUUAAGGAGCACGUUUUUCCACUAAACGACAACGAGCUGCACAACGAAAUGCAUUCGAUUGAGGAGCUACAGCUGCAGCUGCAAGCUCAGGCUAACGAGGAGCAGCCAGAGCAUGAGGAGGAAGCAUCAGAGGCGGAUGAGAAUGCCAGUGCAGAUCAUGAGUCGGAAGCUGACGCUGAGUCGGAAUCUGAGCCUGAGGCGGACUCGCACUUCGAGUCGUCGGCCAGGGUCAGCGAUGCACCAGCAGCUAAAAUGCCCAGUUCCACAGAGUCGCCGGCCAUUGAGGUGCGUCUCAAGCAGAUAGCACAGGAUUUCGAGAAGAUGACCAGCUCCCAGGAGCUGCAACGCGCGGCUGCUGCAGUCGUCAGCAAGGAUGAGAUUACACCACAAUCAUCGCUCUCACUCAGCGAUCUCAUUCGCACGCUGCGUCCCAACGAGCAGCAGAUCAUACCACAAAUCGACUCCGACUACUCCAAUGCAAUGCGUGUGCUGGGCAAAACAUCCGCCGUGGUUGGCAACGAGGAUUCACGCAAGUUCAAGGUGCUGCCCGAAUCACACAACUUCUAGAAAACCUAAGGCAUAAGUGCGAAGUGUAGGCUCCAGUUUUGUGGGGCACUGUCGUGGGUUCCACUGAGGAAUGUUCAUUAACGAUGCCCAAAAGAUGCCUAAUGACGCUUCUCUCUGCGGACCCACCACAGCUAACACAUACACUCUCUCUCCAUAGAUAUUAAUUAAUUACAAUUUGUCCAAUCCGAGCUGAGAGUCUGACACACUUCUUAUAUACUACUUACAAUAUUACUAUAUAAUAAUAUAUGCUUUAAUUGUAUGACAAAAAA